AUGGAAACAAUUAAAUCACCUCAAUUAGAUACAACAUUCAAUACUACUCAUAUAGUUGGUUAUCAUGAAACAGCUGGAUUGAUUAACAGAACAAUCUGUGCUUCAAUUCCUGCUCUCGAAAAUAAAAUUUUAAUUUCUGAUUGUAUUGAUACUAUAAAUAGUCAAAUACGUUCUGACAACUUAAGAUACCGCGAAUUUGCUAAUAAAACAAAUUUACCUAAUACGAUCAGGAUUCAACCAGGAGCAUGA